GAACCCUAUUGGUUGAGCUUUCUCUCGGUCGCUCGUCCUAGCUGGGGAGUCCCGGAGUUCUUUUUUAACCAUUUCCAUACAAAAAGCUAAAGCGCCAACAAACAAAAAGAAGCUCCAAUCCAGCUCUGCUUUAGUUGGAGAUUCAAGAACGUCAUUUGACGCUACUGCAUUAUCUCAAAGCGCCCAACUUGCCCACCUUCCUUUUCAUGUGCCAGAAGAGAGCUGUUUCCAAAGUCCCUACUCCACCGUGCUUUAUCAGAAGACAUUGUUCUCUUUCUUCCUUUCUUGAGGCUGGUGCGAGUGUAAGAGAAGCAGAAGUUGCAGAAACCGUUCGUUUUUGGGCAUCAAGUUUGGGUUUUUUUCUUUUUUCCUCUUUAGCAGAAGAACGAAAAUGCAAGCUCUGGGCAUUUUGGCUUCGGUUUUUUAUCUGGGUCUAGUUACAUUGCGAGCAAAUGCUGAGCCAGUUGAUGAUAAGCAAGCUCUGCUCGACUUCGUCAACAAUCUGCCUCACUCUCGCUACCUCAACUGGAGCGAGGACUCCCCUGUGUGCGACCACUGGGUAGGAGUCACCUGCAGCGGCGACAGUUCCCGAGUCGUGGCCGUCCGGUUGCCCGGCGUCGGCUUCCAGGGCCCGAUCCCACCAAACACCCUCAGCCGCCUAUCCGCCUUACAGAUUCUCAGCCUCAGAUCUAAUGGCAUUAGCGGUAACUUCCCUCCGGAUUUCACGAAUCUGAAGAACUUGUCCUUUCUCUAUCUUCAGUUCAAUAAUUUCUCUGGGCCAUUGCCGGAGGAUUUCUCGGUGUGGAAGAACUUGACGAUCGUUAAUUUGUCCCACAAUGGGUUCAAUGGGAGUAUCCCCAGUUCAAUAUCCAGCUUGACUCAGCUGGAGGGUUUGAAUCUUGCAAGUAAUUUGCUCUCUGGUGAAAUUCCUGAUUUUCAGUUGCCCAAUUUGAGGUUGCUAAAUUUGUCCCACAAUAAUUUGAGUGGGAGCGUUCCUAAGUCACUUGAGCAUUUUCCAAGUUCAGCUUUCGUUGGCAACAAUGUUUCAAUGCAAAAUUCUGAGCUCUCUCCUGCCAUCUCACCUUCUUCUGAGCCAAGAACCAGAAAUGGAGGGAAGCUUAGUGAGAGCGCGUUUUUAGGAAUUGUUAUUGCUGGUUGUGCGUUGGUUAUAUUGGCAGUUGGUGUUCUGCUGCUAUUUUACUGCUCGAAAGGAAGAAGAAGAGCGACUGAGGAUCGUUCCACCGGGAAGCUACCGAAGGCAGAGAUGUCGCCGGACAAAGAGGUCUCAAGGAAUCAAGAAGCGAAUAACAAACUAGUGUUCUUUGAGGGGUGUAGCUAUGCGUUUGAUUUGGAGGACUUGUUGAGGGCGUCAGCCGAGGUGUUGGGCAAGGGGACGUUUGGCACGGCUUAUAAGGCGGCCUUGGAAGAUGCAACCACCGUGGUUGUGAAGAGGUUGAAGGAGGUUGCAGUUGGGAAGCGGGAUUUUGAGCAGCACAUGGAGAUUGUUGGCAGAAUCAGGCACGAGAAUGUUGUGGAGUUGAAAGCUUAUUACUACUCCAAAGAAGAGAAGCUAAUUGUUCACGAUUACUACAGUGAAGGGAGUGUCUCUGCUAAGCUGCACGGUAAACGAGGAGAAGGUAGGAACCCUCUGGAUUGGGACACCCGCAUGAGAAUUGCCAUUGGCGCAGCAAGAGGGCUUUCUCAUAUCCAUCUCCAGAACAAUGGGAAGCUCGUUCAUGGCAACAUCAAGUCCUUGAAUAUCUUUGUCAAUGCUGAACGAUACGGUUGCAUCUCCGACCUAGGACUAGCCACUGUAAUGAGCGGGCUGGCUGCACCUCUCUCUCGUGCCACUGGUUACCGUGCUCCGGAGGUCACAGACACCCGAAAAGCCACGCAACCUUCAGAUGUGUACAGCUUUGGUGUGAUGCUACUCGAGCUCUUAACAGGAAAGUCCCCGAUCCACGGGAGUACAGGUGGUGGUGAUGGUGGGGACGAGAUCAUGCACUUGGUGAGGUGGGUCCACUCAGUCGUGCGAGAGGAGUGGACGGCCGAAGUCUUCGACAUAGAGCUAAUGAGGUACCCGAACAUAGAAGAGGAAAUGGUGGAGAUGCUGCAGAUAGCGAUGUCAUGCGUGGCGAGGUUGCCCGAUCAGAGGCCUAAAAUGCCUGAUCUAGUGAAGUUGAUUGAAAAUGUCAGGAGCAGCAGCCACACCCUGGAGAACAAAUCUGGGACUUUGUCCCCGCCGCAACCGGCGGUUGGCACCGAGUUGUCACCCACAUUAUAG